GGCGACGGAGGAGGAGGCCGCUUCCCAUCCAGCCACGCCAUUUUAGGCCCCGAGGCCGGGAAACAGAAGCGGGUCGCCAAGGGGGAACCGACCUCCCCUCAGCCGCCGCCGCCAUCGUCCGAGUAUCACUCAGGUCAGGGUUGCCGGGAAAAAAAAUGAUGGAAGAGAGCGGGAUAGAGACGACUCCACCUGCGACCCCCCCGCCCAGCACAGCUGGGGCGGCCGCCCCCACCCCCACCCCCACCCCAGCCUCCUUAGCUAGUCCUCCCCUUCCUCCAAAACUGCCUGCACCCUCCUCAUUCCCUUCUCAAACCUUCUCCUCACCUUUACCACCUGCAGCAACAUCUCUGCCCUCUAUGGCACUCCCAACUCCUCUGCCUUUUGUGCCUUCUGUUCCCAUCUCAACUGGUGCGCCCCAUGGAGUGUCUAACCCACCCUCUCUCACUCCUCCAAGUGCAGCGGCUUUCACCAGUCCUAUUUCCCAGUUCUCGCCCUCUCCACCGCUAAGCUCUACUCCUGGCCCCGUGCUUUCUGCACCUCCAACUGGACCUCCCAUCUCUGGUUUUUCUAUUGCUUCAACCUACGACAUCACCAAAGGUCAUGCCGGGCGAGCGCCACAAACACCCCUAAUGCCGUCGUUUUCUGCACCUGCAGUCCCAGGUGUCUUGACAAACGCUGCACCACCACAGCAGACCUCUGUGCCGUCACCAUUAGGAUCUGGCCUUACAAGUGUCUCUUCGAUUACUUUCCCCGAAGAACGCGAAGACCCCAGGGUUGUUGGCAUGCCCAAUGAAGCAUCUCCCGGCGGACUUUGGGGCUUUAUCAAGGGUGUGGCAGGGAAUCCUAUGGUGAAGUCGGUGCUCGAUAAAACCAAGCACUCAGUAGAGACGAUGAUCACGACGCUGGAUCCUGGCAUGGCCCCAUAUAUCAAAUCCGGGGGAGAGUUGGACCUCAUUGUCACCUCUGCUAAAGAGGUCAAGGUGGCAGCAGUAAGAGAAGCUUUUCAGGAAGUUUUCGGAAUGGCCACGGUUACGGGAGAAGACGGCCAGUCCAACAUUGCCCCACAACCUGUCGGCUAUGCAGCUGGAUUGAAAGGAGCCCAAGAAAGGAUUGACAGCUUGCGCAGGACAGGAGUAAUACAUGAGAAACAGCCUGCGGUGUCUGUUGAAAAUUUUAUCGCAGAAUUACUUCCUGACAAGUGGUUUGACAUUGGUUGCCUAAUUGUGGAAGAUCCGAUCCACGGCAUUCACCUCGAAGCGUUUACACAAGCAACACCAGUGCCUCUGGAAUAUGUACAGCAGGCUCAAGGUCUCACUCCUCAGGAUUACAACCUAAGAUGGUCGGGUUUGUUGGUGACAGUGGGAGAAGUGAUAGAGAAGAAUUUGCUGCAUGUCAACCGGACGGAUUGGCACGUAGCAUUCACCGGUAUGUCUCGUCGUCAGAUGAUCUACAGCACAGCCAAAGCCAUUGCAGGGAUGUACAAGCAGCGUUUACCACCAAGGACCAUUUGAAAGCGAAAAUAACUCUUAGCAAUGAAGGAGACUCAUUCCUUAGACUGAUGUUGAAAAGAAACAAUUGCAACUUCGGUAAUUUGAUGGUCCUCUGCUGAUGCACCUCGGCUUUGUAUUCUCUAUAUAAACUGUUUUGUUAAUUUUAAGCGUGAAGGUAUCCUUUGGAUAACGGAAAUGAACAAUUUUUAAUUCAUUCACACGAUCAGAUAACUCCCCCAAACUGUAAUAUAGAAUCAGCAAGCAUAUUUAUAGCAGGGUAAAAAUGGUAAAAAUGUAUUUGACAGGAUGCGGUCUUCAUUUCAAACACUAAAUAGAUGUUUGGCAGGCAUUCAAUAUUUGGUUUUUCCAGGCAUCUCAAUAUGUAACCAUUGCUGGAGUGGUAUCUAAAAUAAGUUUGGAAGCCAAGUUCAAAGGAAAUGAUCUCUCAGUGUUGCCUGUUUACAGGGAAGGGAGGUGUAACAUGUGCUGAGUUCAGGCACAUGGAAAUACAACUUAAAAUGGUCACAUGUGUUGCUUAUUUUACACCUAGAACCUAGUUAGCUAAAUGCCUACGUCUGCAGUAAAAUGACACUCAAACAGACCACUGUAACCAUUCUUAGCUUGCUUUUGUAUGCGUCGUAAGAUAAAGGGCAUUACUGAAUAGUUCAAAAUGCAGGUUUAAAGGACAUAAAACUUUUAAAAACAUUAGUCUAUAUCUUAAGAGUAUAAAAGCAUAUUAUUUGUUUCUAGUUUUUCUGGAACAUCACUAAUUUCCUCUGAAACUGAUGGGAAAUCAACUUCAGUUAUAGUUAGAUUACGUUACUAUAGGAUACACUCAAUUCAUGCAAACAUCUCAGCAGGGCAGUACAAUAAAUCAACUGGAGUUUUGUCUUGUAGCUUUGAGGCAUCAUGGAUGAGAAAUUAAUAUGGCAAAUGGUAUCUUCCAAAGCAGGCUUUCCCAACCUGGUGCCCUCGAAAUGUAUUAGACUGCUGUUUCCAUCAUCCCCAGCCUGCUACUGGCUGAAGAUGUUGGGGGUUAUAGUCCAAAACAUCUGGAUACCACUAGGUCAGGGAAGGCUGUUCCAAAGAAUAAAAAAACCCUUACCUACUU